AUGUCAGGGGGAGUUGGGCCAACAUGCGGCGACAUAAGCCUUCCCAAAGAAGAAGAAGAACAUCACUUGGAUGUUACCGCCGGAAAACCACAGAAAAAGAGCGCCCACCGAGGAUUUCUGAGGUUCAGACAGCUCAACGCACUCGCUGUCAUCAUCAUCUUCUCUGCUAGCGGAAUGGUAAGCGUCCAAGACUUCGGUUUCUCACUUUUCUGUCUCUUGUACGUAUUUUUCCUCUCCAAAUUCGCAUUCCCUUCGCUGAGUCCCUCCGCCGAACCCCCUGUCUUUGGCGAAAAGAAUAAGCUUCUGUUUCUCUACUCCUUUCUCGGAGCAUUAAUUGGGCUCUUCCUCCCAAUUGCCUACAUCUUUGAAGGGAUCCUUGAAGACGACAAGAAAGGCAUCAAAGCAUCCGCUCCCCACGUUUUCCUGCUAUCUUGCCAAGUUUUCAUGGAAGGAUUGACGUCCUCCGGCGGAUUCUCCGUCCCAAUUCAGGUGUUUGUGCCGGUGUUCUAUAACACCAGGAGGAUAUUUACGAUUGUGGACUGGUUGAGGAGUGAGAUUGCCAAGGUAGACCAGGAGGAGAGUGGGUCUACGAGGAGAAUGUACGUGGGAAAUGGACUCGCGGUUGCUAAUCUGGCGUUCUGGUGCUUCAAUCUGUUUGGCUUUGUGGUGCCUGUUUAUCUCCCCAGAGCUUUUAAGGCCUAUUAUGGGUACAAGGUGAAGGCUUGA